GGAGGAGAAGGAGUGACCCUGCCCUGGUUCCCCGUCUGGCGGCAGUCUCCACUGCGUCCUCGCGUCGAGCUUCCGCUCUCGACAACACUUUAGCACUGGAUGAGGUAGCUCUGCACGAAUUGUUCAGGUGUUCGAAGUGUUCAGGAGUUUCUUUUGUUGUUUUGUACAGUGCCGGUCCGCUCUUGCUGCAUGGGGGGUGCGUUGUCGGAGUCUUUGCAGCAAUUGUUCCAUCAGCCUUGCAUGGACAACUACUCAUUCGACGAUCCUGAUCAUGUCGACGCUUCAUUGCGGUCGCUUGCGUGGGUCGACGGAUGUGCAGGUGAAGUUCUGGCAUGGUGACGCACCGCCCAUUUUCAACCUCGACGGCGUGAGCUAUAUCUUCAUCAAGAAGAACGGGCUGUAUUUCGUCGCCACCACUGGCCAGAACGUCUCGCCCUGCUCUGUCGUCGAGAUGCUCACGAAGAUGGCCAAGGUGUUCAAGGACUUCUGCGGCGUGCUCAACGAGGAGAGCAUCAGGAAAAAUUUCGUCCUGGUUUACGAGCUGCUUGACGAGAUGGUUGACUUCGGCCACCCCCAGACAACCAACACCGAGCAUCUUAAGUGCGCCCCCCACUCGCGUCCUCUCUGGAUGACGCACUUGAAGAAGCACACCACGAUGCAGGUGAGGUGCUAGUUAAUGUUGGAGCUUGCGUCGCGUCAUUAGUUAUCUGCACUUGUCUUUGCGGUGGUCGCAUGUGUGGAGAGGCGUAUCUGCUAUGCCAGAGCACCGGGGGGCCAGGGGAUCGGGCCCGUUCACCCUCCCGCAUUUCCCUUCUCCCCUUGCGGCGCCAG